AUCUAUCUAUCUAUCUAUCUAUCUAUUUAUCUAUCUAUCAUUGCCUUACUUAGAGCUGAGGUUGUUGCAAGUAGUUAUUAUUAUUAUUACUAUUAUUAUUAUGCUCGUUGCAAUAUAUGCGUCUUGUGGUAUGAAUGAUCAAAUUAAUGUAUCAAAACUGUACUUAAAUGCUCCUGAAUUAUAGUAUCUGUCAAGCUGCCUUCAUCAGCAUUUACUUGGACUCCCCGUGAGGAAGGCCGAUCGCUGAAGCAACCCUGAGCUCCCUGACAGUGUGACGAAGCGAGCAUCAGCAGGAGCGAGCCAACCACAGCCCGCGUCAUCUGUACAGGAGGACACAAACCACGGGGAGUGCGCAGUGCUGGAGCUGUGCGAGGUGUUUCGGGUGCUCUCACCACUCUCACUUUUGCGCCUACUUAGUUUGCGCUAAUUAUCCGUAACUAGGGGAGCGAUGUCGGGGAAGGUGCGGGCGCGCAAAACGACUCUCCAUCCCUCUCCGCACAGAGCAGGACCUGGAUAUGCAGCUCCAGAGGUUCCCCCCGCGUAGCGCGUCGUGGAAGUUGUUGGCAUCUGCGCGAUCCUCUUUUCCCAACCCCGUCUGGUAAAUCCUCAUAGAUGGUAUUUCUGCGCCCGGUUUUAUGUCUUUGGUUCGCCGAGGACCACCCGAAGCGCAAGGCAUGGCAGUGUCAAAUAUGCUGUUCUCUGACGUGGAAAGUUUCCUGGACUCGCAUCCCGACCUGUUCGAGGACUACCUGAACAGGAAGGGCAAUUACAGCAUGGUGGAGAAAUGGCUCAAGAACCAUCGGGCGAGCAAGGGUCCGGCGGCCGCGGCGCCCAGCGCGGAGCCCCGGGAAGAGAAGGGCAACGCGUGCAAGGACAGCUGGGCGAGCAGGAGCGACGGUCUGCAGCGGAGAGCCUCGCAGAAGGAGCUGCGCAAAACUUUCGCAAGGUCCAAGGCCAUCAACGCGAACAGGACCUACGACGAGCAUGUGAACUCCAGGGCGCAGGAGCCUCUGACCAGCAUGAGGAGGAGAGCUCUGCUGAGGAAGGCGAGCUCCCUUCCCCCGACCACUGCGCACAUCCUGAGCGCGCUGCUGGAGUCCAGAGUCAACAUCCCCCAGUACCCGGCCACGGCCGUGGAUUUCAAGUAUUACCUCAAAGAGCACAGCGAGAGGGAGUUCUUCCUGGAGCUGGUGAAAGACAUCUCCAACGACCUGGACCUGACCAGUCUCAGCUACAAGAUCCUGGUGUUUGUCUGCAUCAUGGUGGAUGCGGACCGGUGCUCCUUGUUUUUGGUGGAGGGCACUGGCAACAAGAAAACGCUGGUGUCCAAAUUCUUUGACGUGCACGCGGGCACCACCGUUCUGCCCUCGAUGAACUCGGAUGAAGUUCAGGUUCCGUGGGGGAAAGGGAUUAUUGGCUACGUGGCUGAGCAUGGAGAGACGGUGAACAUCCCAGACGCCUAUCAGGAUCGCCGAUUCAGUGAUGAAAUCGACAAGCUGACGGGCUACAAAACCAAGUCCCUCCUGUGCAUGCCUAUUCGCAACAGCGACGGCGAGAUCAUUGGGGUCGCUCAGGCCAUCAACAAGACUUCGAGUAGGGAGCUCUUCACUGAAGACGAUGAGAAGGUCCUGCAGAUGUACCUGCCUUUCUGUGGCAUCGCCAUCUCCAAUGCUCAACUCUUCGCUGCCUCCAGGAAAGAGUACGACCGGAGUCGGGCGCUCCUGGAGGUGGUCAACGACCUGUUUGAGGAACAGACUGACCUGGAAAAGAUUGUCAGGAAGAUCAUGCAUCGCGCCCAGACUCUGCUAAAGUGCGAGCGCUGCUCCGUUCAGCUGCUGGAGGACAUUGAAUCACCGGUGGUCAAGUUCACCAAGUCGUUUGAAUUGCUGUCUCCAAAAUGCAGUGCAGAUACUGAGAGCAGUAGUUUCAAAGACAGCAUGGAAAAAUCGUCCUACUCAGACUGGCUCAUCAACAACAGCAUUGCCGAGCUGGUGGCAUCAACAGGACUUCCUGUGAACAUUAGUGACGCAUACCAGGAUCCUCGUUUCGAUGCUGAGGCAGACCAGUUUUCUGACUUCCACAUCCGCUCUGUGCUCUGCGUUCCUAUAUGGAACAGCAACCACCAAAUUAUUGGUGUCGCUCAAGUGCUGAACAGGCUGGAUGGGAAGCCGUUUGACGAUGCAGACCAACGUCUCUUUGAGGCCUUUGUGAUAUUUUGUGGACUGGGCAUCAACAACACGAUCAUGUAUGACCAGGUGAAGAAGUCCUGGGCCAAACAGUCGGUGGCUUUGGAUGUUCUGUCUUACCAUGCCACUUGCUCCAAGACUGAAGUGGAUAAAUUUAAGGCUGCUAACAUUCCCCUGGUCUGCGAGCUGGGCAUUGAUAAGCUCUCCUUUGAUGAUUUCUCCCUGGAUGUCGACGUGAUGAUAACAGCUGCUCUGCGGAUGUUCAUCGAGCUGGGAAUGGUGCAGAAAUUCAAAAUUGACUACGAGACACUGUGCAGAUGGCUGCUGACAGUCAGAAAAAACUACAGAAUGGUCCUCUACCACAACUGGAGACAUGCGUUCAACGUAUGCCAGUGCAUGUUUGCCAUGCUAACGACGGCGGGUUUCCAGGAGACGCUGACCGAGCUGGAGAUCUUAGCUCUUAUUGUAGGCUGUGUGUGCCACGACUUGGACCACAGGGGCACCAACAAUGCUUUUCAGGCCAAGACGGGUUCAGCCCUCGCUCUGCUUUAUGGGACCUCUGCUACGCUGGAGCACCACCACUUUAACCACGCUGUUAUGAUCCUGCAGAGCGAGGGUCACAACAUCUUCUCCAACCUGUCCUCCACAGAGUACAGCGACCUCAUGCAGCUGCUGAAACAGUCCAUUCUGGCCACAGACCUCACGCUUUACUUCGAGAAAAGAAACACAUUCUUUGAACUUGUCAGCAAAGGGGAGUACAACUGGAACGUGAAGGCUCACAGAGACAUGUGCAGAUCUAUGAUGAUGACAGCCUGCGAUCUUGGAGCUGUCACAAAGCCAUGGGAGAUAUCACGCAAGGUUGCAGAGUUGGUGACGAGUGAAUUCUUUGAGCAGGGAGACCGGGAACGACUGGAGCUAAAGCUCACGCCCUCUGCCAUAUUCGACCGUAACAGGAAGGAUGAGCUUCCAGGGCUGCAGCUGGAGUGGAUUGAUGGAAUCUGCUCGCCUCUAUACGAGACUCUAGUCAACUUGAAUCCCAAACUUCAGCCGAUGGUCGAUAUGAUCCGAGCAAACAGAGCCAAUUGGGAGGAACUGAACAAGAAGAGACAAAGCGAGCAGAGUGUUUCCGACCCCACCGGCCCCUAUAGCGCCGAGGCGGCGGAAACCAAGAGCUGCACGGGGGCCAAGCCCGGCAACACGCCCUGCUGCGGUGGCGACUCGGAAAGCGCGCCGCCCAAGACGGCCAGUUAGCCUCUGCUGGGAGAGCUGCGAUGUCCUCGGCCUUUUUUACUCCUCCGAAUGCAGCCUGCGAGCAGAGGCAGCGCAUGCAGAGGUUUCCUGGGCCCUGCUCCUCUUCGCUUUCGCAAACCAGAGAUGAGCUUUAACACUUUGAGUGCGGCGCGAUCCUAGAGUUUUUCUCGCUCCCUUCAGAUUCCCCGUUGCUGAAGGCUGACAGAGCCGCGUUUGGCAGGCUUCGUUGGAGCGGCCGGAGAGCAGCUGACGACACCCGGUCAAGACGGAGAGGAGACCCGCGCCUUCCUGUUGCUCUGACUUUUCGGCAAAAGACUUGAUGCGUGGUGUUUGUCUCUGUUGUGUUUUAUUUUUGUUUUAUUCUUUCGCUCUUGGUAUCUCUCCGUGUUGCUCGCAUUUUGUCCAACGGUUACGUGAUCCUUUUGUAAAUGUGUAAAUAGGCUGUUGAGUUGUUAACACUUUAUGCAUCGGUUGUGGUUGUAGAGCUUCUUCUGAAGGAGGAAGAGCCGUACAAACAGUAGGAGCAGUGGCUUUCGACGCAAAUUGAAUUAUGUGCUCCCUCCCUUCCUGUGCCUUGUUUCAAGAUCCUACUGAAAAAUGCAUGGCCUCUGUGUCGAGGUUCUCACACCGUUAUGGAAAUCCUCCUUGAACCGUGCUGAAUUUCUGCCAUAAUUUGUAAAAAAAACCAACGACUGCAGCUACGUCUCGACCCCUUAGUUUGCCGCAAAGAAUUAUGAUAAUCUACAAAUGGAGAUAUAAUCGGGCCCGGUUUUAUACAUACAGGGCCUCUCUUGUCACACAAACACACACAAUGUGCCUUGAGAAAGUUGCUCUCAUACCACAUAGGUUUCUGCAGGGCAAGACUUCAGCUCUGAUGAUUCGGUACUGACAGCUGGAACACAAAUGUCACAUUUUAUUUAAAAAGCCAUGGUUAGACAUUUCCGGGACGCCUCUAUAUAUUUCUUUUUUUUUCUUUCUCGCAUGAUAAAGCGUCCGUUCAACUCCUGUGUUUAUCUGGUAUGCAUCAGGCUGCAGUGAGUAACGGAAGGCUCAAAACGUCAUGAAAUCCCACAAGUCUGUCAAAAGGUAAUAUAAUCAACCCACUCCUGCGAGGUUUUGCUAACUGGUCAAUUAAAACCAUCCUAACAAACUAAAACACCUCCACCAAGAGCAGCUAUCUGUCCAGUGGUCAUUCAUGGUCUUCUCCAAGUGGAGAGCUGCGGGUUGAGAAAUCCAGUGAAACCGUCCCAGUCUGAGGCCUAAAGACGCCACAUCUGCGACUCGGAGGUUCCCAAACCCGACUGCUUCCUCCACGAGGGUCAGAGGCAACGCCACUCUGGGAACAACCUCAACUUUGUGCCAAGAUUAGACACAGCCCUUGGCUUAGGUGCACGAUGACCAGAGAGGCCUUAAAAGCAGCCCCGUACUCUCGAUGCAUCUCCUCAGGGGACAAGGUCGCAAGCCUUAUUCAGAUCCCAAAAACAAUGGACAACCAAACCUUCACCCCCUCCACCUCCAGCAACUCAGCAGGGGUAAGGAUCUGGUUCAUGGCCAGGAAGCAGGUCACACUGCUGGUUCUACAAAACGGUCUGAGCCUCUAUCCGCCCUCCCUACAGUGAGCUUUCCCAGGGAGGCUAGGAAGCGUGAUCCCUCAGCAUAUG